UUGAUGGCGCGCAUUCCUUACCUUCGCUCGUUGUUGUUCUAGUUACAGAUGAAUCCGCGAGUGUUUAAUAGUUGUGAAUAACUUAGUGACACUUUUGGAUGUUUCUCAUGAUCUUGCAAUAAUGGGUGGACCGCUAGUGUUGUUAUUUGUGAUGUGUAUAGGCAUCAUAGCCGCCGAAAGGAAAAUUACCAUCGCUGAUAAACUUAGGGAAGACUCUGACCUUUCUCAGUUUCUCUCGUUGUUGGAGCGCAAUGCAGUAGCCAAUACAAGCUUGCAGUACCGGCAGCUUACGAUGUUCGCACCUACCAACGAAGCGUUUCAAAGGUACAACGGAGAAAUGGACGACUCGUUGGUACUCUACCAUAUUUCAAAUUUAGCAACAACCCUUACAAAUUUGGAUUACGCCAUAUCAUCAGAGUUCGACGGAAACCCACCAUUGUGGGUGACAAGGCGAAAGGAUCACAUGCACGAUGAUAUCUACAUAAACAAUGCAAAAGUCUACGUAUCCAGGUCCUUUCAAAGUACGAAUAGAAAUGGCAAACGGCAGGUACUUCACGUAAUAGAUCAAGUUUUACAACCGCUACAACCACACGGUCCUGGCUCUUCCUCCAGUUCAGUGUACAAUCCUAACGCAUAUCAGUUUUUGGAACAUUCUGAUGAGUUCAACAUUGGCCAGCACAGGCUCAGGUCCUUCCGGCAAAAAGUGAACCAACUACAAAAGAAAGAAGUGUUCAAUGCUGACGGUCGAAAUACAUUCUUUAUUCCUGUUGACGAAGGUUUUAAGCCUACAACAAGAUCAGAUCUAAUAGAUGAGAAAGUUGUGGAUGGCCAUGUCAUUCCACACCAUGUACUUUUUACACAAGCAACGCGCGACACACAAGAGUACGAGACAUUAGCUUUCAGUGAUAACGUUAAAGUUAUUAUUUCAUUCAGCACAGCUAUGAAUGGAAAAGAGGAGAUCACGUACGUAAAAUCCAACACGGUUGCUGGCGAUACGAAACACAGUCGAGGAGUGGUAUUGGCUGAUAUUGUAAAAGCUAACAUACCAGUCAAGAACGGGGUAGUCCAUCUCAUUCAGAGACCUCUGAUGGUAGUGGACACCACAGUUGUUGAUUUUCUUAAGGAAAAAGAAGAUGGCCCACUGUGCAAGUUUUAUGAAGUGAUUUUAGACUUGGGUGCCAAUAAUCAGUUCUUCAAAGAACUGACAAUUGCUAAGGACAUUACACUAUUCGCACCUUCUAACGAAGCAUGGAAUGAAUAUAGUGUGCAAAAUAUUAUCAGGAAUCAUCAAAAGCUUAUGGACAUUCUAAAUCUUCAUCUUGUUCGUGAUAGAUUACCCAUGGAUGCGAUUAUUCAUAACAAUAUGAAUCAGAUCUACCAAGCUCCCACCGCGGCACCUCGAAAGUAUCUCUACUUUAAUGUUUUGAUCCACGGACAUAACCAGACAUUGACCGUGGAAGGUGGUGGAGUAAACGCUACAGUGACGCAGCCAAAUAUUGCUGCUACAAAUGGUUUUGUACAUAUUAUAGAUAGAGUAUUGGGAGUUCCUUAUACGACUGUAUUCGAAAAAUUGAAGACUGAUCCGAUGCUCAACAUAACGUACAAUCUCGGAAAACGCCAGAUGUUUAAUCAUCAAUUAAAUGAAAUGGAACAUCGUUACACGUACUUUGUUCCUCGGGAUCAUGCCUGGCUCAAAUUCCAAAUCCGACAUCCGUCUGCAUUCAAAGCACUGUUUAAAGAAGACUUUGGUUAUUUCACAAAACAAAUCCUAGAACGGCACGUUAUUCGUGCAGGCCGAGCAUACACUGUAUCUGAUCUGAAAUUGCUUGCAAAUGAAACGCAUCCGUUCGUUUUGCCGACUUCGCGCGAUCCACUCCGGCUGCGUGUUAAGGAAUCUGAUAAGAACUAUUACGUAGAAUGGAACGGCCACUGGAUACAUGUGUUCCGCCCCGACGUGGAGUGUACAAAUGGCAUCAUUCACGUCAUCGAUGAGCCUUUCGUGCUUGAAAGUGACGUCCGCGCCACUGGAGCCGCGGACACGCUCCGUCUCGCUUACACCGUUUUCUUAUUAAUCUUGUCCUUUGGAUUCGCGAGAAUUAUACAGGAUUAAUCAUCUUUCUACUUGAUUUUUUUUAUCAUUUAGCGAAAUUAUUAAACUGUAAUAUUUACAGUUUACAAAAUUAAUUUGUGUUUGUAUUAUUCAUUGUAAUUGUAUUAUCUUUGCAAUAUUGAUCACUUUGAGAUUAGAGAAAAACUUGUUAGUUAUUUUAUAAGUAAUAAUGAUGGCAAUACGAUUUUAAUAGUUACCAUUAUUGUCGGCGAUAUAGGUAGCUACGUUUAUUCCGUCUUUGACGUCUGCCCUCCUAGAUAUGUGGCAAACAAAUCUAUCAAUAAAUAUGUUAUUGGUUAUUCAAACAUGAGACAGAACGAGAUAGCAAGAACCGAUGUCUUGUUCUUUCUCAUAUGUUCGCUAGCGGAAACAAAUCUAUCCAUAGAUCCAUUUGUCAUUUGUCUAAAAGGGCUGUGUUGUAUGCGAGUUUUAUUAUUAUGUAUUAAUUCAUAAUUAUAGAAUAACAAACUGCCAUCAACGCAAGAACAUACAAAAGUUUUUUUAAUAAUUAAUUUAAGUGUGAUUUUUAUUUAUUAACACUUUGACGGUCACUCAACAUAUCUAACGAAUCUUUUAUCGUGACGUGUUUAGUAUCCGUGAAAGUAUUAAAAUUAAAUAGAUAUUUAUACAUUUGCUUAUUUAUAUAUUUUGUCGAUGGAUUUGAUCUUAUUGACUGAAAUAGGAAAGUACCAUAUAAAAUAAUAUAUCAAAAUAUGACAUUACUUAUAUGUUAUGGUAACAGUUAAAUAAUUAAUAAACAUCAGACACACUGCCAAUUUUAAAAUAGGUACUGACAAGAAAACAAUCUCUUUCAUUUUACAGUUUUUCAUUAUCAUCAUUUUUACAUGAGACAUUAUUACAAAAUAUAUUUUACAGUUAAACUAAAAUUGUACAUAGAGACAAUUCUUAGUAUUUGUAUAAUUCUAUAGACAACUAUAACAAUCAAAGUAUUAGUUUUUAAACUGAUCAAACCGCUCCAAAAUAGAAAAAGGUAUCAAUUUAUUACAUUUAAAUUACAUAUUUUGUGUGUAUAUUAUGCGACAUCUUCGACAAUUUAAUACAUUUUGAUAAUUUUUCUCUUUUGUAUCGAAGUAUUAUAAAGCAAAAAAAAAAAACAUACUCUGCACACACUCACAAUUCUUAUAAUGUCAAGUGGUAAAAAUGACUAUUAAUGAAGUGAGCGACGAUGCUAUUAGAGCAGUAGAUUUCUUAAAUAACUUGAUUUCUUUUUAUGAAAAAUAUUUCCGAAUCAUUUAACCACGUAAAAAUGAUUACAAUACCUAGGAUUAAAUCGACAGAUUUGCAUGAUGACAAAUUAUAAAUUCUCCGUUUGGUAUGAAGAGCACCAUUGACGUCAAAACAUAUAACCAAAACCAUAGUAGUCUAAACAUAUUUAAACAAUAAAAUAAAAUAUUUAAGAAAGUUAAUAUUAUCUUUACACUUAUUUACAUUUAUAUAUUGUAUUUCUACUUAUACACGCAGUAUAUAUAGAAUAUUUGAAAAAAAAAGACAAUUUAUCAGUAAAAUUAUAUAAAUUAAACAUUUUUAUCUGUCCAAGUUACAUUAGAAAAUAUUAAAUUUCACAUUCUCUCAUAUCUAGUACCUUUUAAAUAUUUUAAAUUUGGUCCGUUGUGCCUUUUUUGGAAAUUGAAGUAUUGACAUUUAUUUAAUUAAAGUUAUCUAAAUAAUGUCAUAGACUACAUUAAAUUACAUUCCAUGUUAUCUUCUUAAAUGUAUAUUUAAUAUUAAAUAUUUAUUGAAUGUUACCUACACCUUCUAACAUUAUUUUCUAUUCAUUAAAUAAUCUAGUAUAUACAAAAAAUUAUUGCGCAAUAUUAACUUCGAUGGACUGCGCUAAAUUGUUUUAAUAAAUGUACCAAUUUAUCGAGUACUAUUUGAUAAUAAAUUUUAUAGCCAAUGAAACCCAGACAUCAAAAGGAAUAAUAAAAAAAUGCUAAUUUAUCGUCUCAUAAAAUUUUAUCAUUAUAACUAAUUAUUAUUAUAAACGAAAGUACUUCCUAAUAUCCACAGUGUAUUAAUUAUCUAAGAUGUCCAAUAAGAUAUCAAUGAUGUCUAUUAAUAAAACAAAAAAUUUCGAAUUGUGAAGAAUUUAGUGAGUUAAUAAUGUAAAUAGAUAUAAAUGUGCUUACGAUUAUAAUGAGGCUACAUUGUGAUUGUCUCUUUUGAUCACUAAGCAGAUGUAAAUAAUUCGUAUAAGUUGUGAUAGUUCGUUGUAAUGAUUGUAUAAUUUUGUAGCUAUUACUUCGGUGCGACUGAAUUUGUAUCACAUUAACGAAUGUUAUGGUAUGGAAGUCACAAAUUUAUAUAAAAAAAAACAUACGAGAUGCUGCUUUCAGCUCAAAUACAUCAGCGGUUUUAUAUAAAAUAUACAACUUUCUUAUGUACUUACAAAAAAUCUCUGUCUUAUAUUUAUUAAGAAGCAAAAGCAGCAUUUCACUUUUUCUAUAAAAUUAUAUAAUUCUUAAUAAAUAUACAUACAUAAUCUGUCGCUUAUAGAUUUAUACAUAUACCUAACAUAUAUCCCGAAUUUUAAGCCAAAGCUAAAUGCUAUCUCAGCUGGUAUCAUAUUAUUAUUGUAAGGUUUUAACUAUAACAAUAGUGUUUGAGAUUCAAUUGUAGUCAGUAAUUUAAGAAUUAGCAUUUUCAUUAUAAUACAUAUAUAAUAAUGAAAUUUCUAAAAUGUUAGUGCUAUAACGGGACAAAAUGACCCAAGACAAUAUAAUUUUGACCAAAUAUUCAACCAAAUAUUUGGUUAAGUUUUGACAUUGGUAUCACGUUUAUUAGAGGUGUUCGCUGUAUCUCAAAAUAUGUCAAAUUAGUUAAAACGACGAGCGAUAUAAGUGUUUCAUGAAAAAGAAUUUAUGUAUAAAAUAUAGAUAUUUAAAUUCU